AUGAAGAAAUUAGUUUCCCUGCCAUAUUUGGUGUCCAUCUCUUUUCCAGGAGGGGUUAAAAGGAAAAUGAAGCCCACCUUCUCCUUGUGCUUAUUGCUGGCUGGUUUGUGUGCUGCUGCCCAGUGUCAUCAGCGCCCUCGCUACCGCAGUAAGCAGGAUGAUCCUAAAGGAGCAUAUUACCCAGGUCACAGUUCUCAUGGGGAACGAGCUUUUCCAGAUAAAAACAGAACUUUUGUCAAACUAGCUCCCAGCAAUGCUGAUUUUGCAUUUUCAUUUUACAAGCUGGUUGCAUCCGAGGCAACUGAUCAAAAUAUUUUCUUUUCACCCAUAAGCAUCUCUGCUUCCUUUGCAAUGCUGGCUCUGGGUGCCAAGUCAGCAACGCUGACGCAGAUUCUGGAAGGGCUUGCCUUUAACCUGAAAAAGACUCAGGAGCAGGAAAUACAUGAAGGUUUUUGCCAGCUUCUCCACAUGCUGAACCGUUCAGAUGGUGAUCUCCAGCUGAGCCUGGGCAAUGCCCUUUUUAUAGAAGAGAUGUUAAAACCACUACAGAAGUUCUUGGAUGAUGUCAAAAGCUUUUAUGAGUCUGAAGUCUUUUCUACUGACUUUAACAACUCCUCUAGUGCUGAGAAUCAGAUCAACAGUUAUAUUGAGGAAAAGACAAAUGGGAAAAUUAUUAAAUUAGUGGAAAAUCUUGAUCCUCUCACUGCAAUGGUUCUUGUUAACUAUGUCUUCUUUAAAGCCCAUUGGGAGAAACCCUUCAGUGCUUUAUAUACACAACAAGAGGAUUUUUUUGUGGAUGAGAAAACAACUGUAAAAGUUGACAUGAUGUAUCGGAAGGGUUACUACAGAAAUUACUUUGAUGAAGAGCUGUCCUGUUGGCUGGUUCAGAUACCUUACAAUGGAAAUGUUGCAGCAUUAUUUGUUUUGCCUGAUGAAGGGAAGAUGAAACAGGUGGAAGAUGCUCUCUUGAAAAGGACCAUGUCCAAAUGGGUAAAGUUCCUCCAAGAUAGAAAAAUACAUCUGCACAUACCAAAAUUUUCUAUUUCUGGUACCUAUGAUGUGAAAAAGAUAGCCAAACAAAUGGGUAUGAUUGAUCUAUUCACUGAACACGCUGAUCUGUCAGGAAUUACUGAGGAGCCUGGACUGAUGCUUUCAAAAGUGAUCCACAGAGCUGUGGUAAAUGUUCAUGAGAAUGGCACUGAAGCAGCGGGAGCCACAGUGAAGGAGAUCACCUGGAGAUCUGGCGAUUUUCCCCGUCCACCUCGAAUCAAAUUCAAUAGGCCCUUUCUCCUGACAAUUGUGGAUAAGUAUACCCGCACCGUCCUCUUCAUAGGGAAAAUUGUAAACCCUCUGAAAAAUAACUGA